GGGCGGGGCGCCAUUUUGCUGCGAGCGGCGUCCCGGCCCCGCUGCUCCCGCCGCCCUCCCGCCCAGAGAGCGGCUGGCGGGGCCGUCCCGGCGCCGCGGGCCGGAGGAUGCGGAGCGGCAGAGCCGCCGCCGCCGCGUUGUCGCGCCGUCCCUGCGGGGCGGCUGCCGCCCGGCCCCGGCGGCCGCUGGCGGGCCCGCGCGGCUGAGGGGCUGGGCGGGCUGGGGCGGGCCCGCCGAGGAUGAGUGCGGGCUCCGUGCCGGAACCCCCUCGGAAAAGAGCCCGGCCGAGCCCCGCCAGCCCCGGCGGCGGCUCCCAGGGAGAGCAGUCGCCACCGCCGUCGGUCGGUCCCCGGCGGGAGAGGCCCGGGGGCGGCAGCUCCGGCGGCGGCAGCCCCGCCACCGCCGUGGGGAACAAAGCAAAAUUAAUAACAAUACUGAAGCAAAUCUCAAGAUGACUUCCAUGAAAAAAGAGAACCUUCGUGACCAUGAUGUGAAAAAACUUGAGAAUGUUUGUCAGCAAAAAUAUUCAAAAAUAUCUGUGGAAGUUGGUGCAAAGAAUGUAAAUUUGCCUCAGACAGGCAGCAUGUAUAAUUGGGAGGCAGAGGACAAAGAUCCAGCCUUAGACACGGAGCCUGUGAAGGGGAUGCAGUCUGGGGACCUCUUUAAAAAUGCCAACAUCGAUCAGAUGCACAAAGCUGGCAAGCAGGCCCAGAGAGGCUGUGAAGAAAGUGGUGACAGUUGGACUCAGAGGAAGUUAUCAUCAGGCCAGUCUUUGAAAAUGGGAAAUACAAAACUUUCUUCAAAAGACACUGCGACAGAUGGACAAGUAACUUCAUGCAAUUCACAGAUGUUGAAGAGUUGCAAUUCUGUCUGUGUGACAGGUGAACAAGGAGAAGCGGAUGUAGUCCCAGAGAGUCCACUUUCAGAUGUUGGUUGUGAUACUUGUGUAUCUGAUCUUGGAGGUCCUGGGAAACUGAGGAAAUGUCAGAGCAGUUCAGGGGAUUCACCUGCUUUUGAGAAAGAAAGUGAACCAGAGUCACCCAUGGAUGUAGAUAAUUCUAAAAAUAGCUGUCAUGGGUCAGAGGCUGAUGAAGAAACAAGUCCCUUUCAUGAUGAGCGGGAGGACAUUAAUGUGUCAAAAUCCAUAAACAAACCAUUUGGAGUUCAAUAUGGGGAUGCUGAACUGGAGUCAAGAAAGUCACGUUUUUCUGCUAAGGGCUGUGAAAGCUUUGAAGAAAUAGACAAUUCUGUUAAAGUGGAUGGUCUGCCUACAAAGGCACCUGGGAUCUGUCCUCCUCCAUCAUCAGAAUGCAGAGGUGCAAAACAGGGUGUGAAGAGAGACUCCAAAAUCACCUCACACUUCAUGAGGAUACCUAAAAUUGAGGAGAAAAGCAGGAAAGAAAAGUGUGAAUUCAAACCCCAGAGGCUGGGAAGGAAGAUCCCUAAAUAUGUGCCACCUCCUCUUCCAACUAAUAAGAAGUGGUUUGGGACACCGAUUGAAGAGAUGAGAAGAAUGCCAGCGUGUGCGGCCCGCCUUCCCCAUCUGCGACCCUCGGCCAAUCACACAGUAACUGUCAGGGUAGAUCUUCUGAGGGAAGGAGAGGUACCUAAGCCUUUUCCAACUCACUACAAAGAUUUGUGGGACAACAAACAUGUUAAAAUGCCCUGUUCAGAACAAAAUUUAUACCCUGUAGAGGAUGAGAAUGGAGAUAGAACUGCUGGAAGUCGAUGGGAACUAAUCCAAACUGUCUUGCUUAACAAAUUUACUUGCUCACAUGAUUUGAAGGAGGCUAUACUGAGAUACAACAUUGCUUAUUCCAAGAAAUGGGAUUUCACAGCUCUUACUGACUUCUGUGAGAAGGUUCUUGAAGAUGCAGAGGCUCAACAUCUCUUCCAGUCCAUUCUUCCUGAUAUGGUGAAGUUGGCGCUCUGUCUCCCUAGUAUCUGUACCCAACCAAUACCUCUACUGAAACAAAAGAUGAAUCACUCCAUCACAAUGUCACAGGAGCAGAUUGCUAGUUUUCUGGCCAAUGCUUUCUUCUGUACUUUUCCACGUCGCAAUGCGAAGAUGAAGUCUGAAUAUUCUAGUUAUCCAGACAUUAACUUCAACAGAUUGUUUGAAGGACGGUCACCAAGGAAGCCUGAGAAACUUAAGACUCUUUUCUGCUAUUUUAGGAGAGUCACAGAAAAAAAACCUACGGGAUUGGUGACAUUUACAAGGCAGUGUCUCCAAGAGUUUCCAGACUGGGAAAGAUCUCAGAAAAAAUUGUCUAGACUGCAUGUCACCUAUGAAGGCACUAUCGAAAGCAAUGGACAAGGUAUGCUACAGGUUGACUUUGCAAACCGUUUUGUUGGAGGUGGUGUGACUGGGGCAGGACUAGUACAAGAAGAAAUCAGAUUUUUAAUAAACCCAGAACUGAUUGCAUCGAGGCUCAUCACUGAAGCCCUGGAUCACAAUGAAUGUCUUAUCAUCACAGGUACUGAGCAGUAUAGUGAGUAUACAGGCUAUGCAGAAACAUACCGGUGGGCAAGAAGCCAUGAAGAUAAGACCCCAAGGGAUGAGUGGCAGCGACGCUACACUGAAAUUGUUGCUAUAGAUGCAUUUCACUUCAGACGUUUCCUUGAUCAGUUUGGUCCGGAGAAAAUCAGAAGAGAGCUCAACAAGGCCUUCUGCGGCUUCUCCCGACCCAAUGUUCCACCUCAACAUCUCUCUGCAAUAGCCACAGGAAACUGGGGAUGUGGUGCCUUUGGAGGGGACUCCCGAUUAAAAGCCUUAAUACAGAUAUUGGCAGCUGCUGAGGCUGGACGUGAUGUUGUUUAUUUUACCUUUGGAGAUGUGGAGCUGAUGCGCGACAUUUACAACAUGCACACUUUUCUCUGUGAGAAGGGCCAAACUGUUGGGGACAUUUAUAGGCUGUUACUGAGAUACUACAAUGAAGAAUGCAGAAGCUGUUCCACCUCAGGACCAGAUGUCAAGCUGUACUCUUUCAUACACAAUGCCAUUGAGUCCUAUGCAGAUUCUACUGAUGAUGAUGAAGAAAAAGGGUUGUGCUUUGAGGAUUAAAAUUACGUAUUUCAUCAGAAUAUUAUUCAUCUCCUUCCACUGGUAUAUUGUCUGAUUUGCUGGGUAUAAUGUAUGAAUUGACUUAAUUUAGUAUAUAUUGGCUGCAUUGGUAGUAACACCCAAACAAUAAAAAAAAAAACACCUUUAAGAGAUGAGAUUUUUUUUGUUUGAUGGUUUCAGACAUGAAAACCUUGUUCAUGUGUGGACAGAAAAGAUUUCUUGGGUAAAUCUGGUGGGCAUUAUACCUUGUUAAGCAGCAUAUUUUGGUACAUAUUUGUAUUUCAGUCAAGAGGUUGCUGAAAGACUUCAGAAAGUUCCUCUGUACGCCUUUGCCUUUAUUUUUCAGGGAUUUUACCUAAAUUUCUCAUGUAAGCUUAGUGCUGGAGUGCAGACAGCCAUGUAACUGCUGGGAUGAUGUUAGAGAGAAACAUUGUAAUGAUUGUUCUUACUGAAAAUUGUCAUAAUUUGGUUACCUCCUUAAGACUGCCACGGUAUCUUCAUUGUUCUUAUCAACUUUUUUCAUUCAUUUAACUUAGUGUCUUGGGUUAAAUCUGUUUUUUUAAUAACUGGUUAAAAAUCGAAAGAUUCUGGAGCAGCUGUAAUGCAUUUCACAACUACAUUGUUCAAGCUUAGAAGUUAGCAUGAAGCGGUAGAGAAAAAACAGGGAUGGGAGGGUGGGAAAAUGAGAAAUGUGACCAAAGUUAGUAGUAGAGGGAAACAAUUUUCACAUGAAACUCUUCAAUACUGUUUUGUUGGUGCUAUCUGUUACAACAUUGAACAAGGUCUUAGACACGUUUAAGUAUAUUUGAAGUUCACUGUUAUUGGCAAUAUCAUUUGAGUUAAGGUCUGCUAGUUGUGUUUAUAUUGUCCCGUCGGUUCUCUAUUAUUGCAGUAUGAACAGCAGUGAGUGUAAGAUCCUCAUGGGAUAAUUUGAGGAAAUGGAAAUCACUUAGAAAGCAGUGGGAGAAAAGUCUGCAGGCUACAGAUAUGAACAUGAGAUCUUGUCAGCAGUUUGCACAGUGUCGUCUUAGGCCUGGGAACGAUAACAAUGAAGAGGGGUUAGAAGAUGUGUAAAACCUGUGUAGUUGCUAUCUCUGUGAAUACCAGGUUAAUGUUGCUGUAGUACAUUAGUAGUUUACACAGAACUGCAGAUAACAUCUGUGAUAAAACUUUUCCAGGUCUAUGUACAGGUCCAAUCCAAUGAAACACUUGUCUAUGAGUAGUUUAAACCCAGUUUAAGUUUAAGCCCAAAUUGCUAAGUUCAGCCUCUUGUGUGUUAGAUGCUGGUCUGUCAUGGUUGCUAUUUGCCAUUUAGCAACACAAGUCAAAGCCACAGCAGGAAAUGUAGUGAGCUUGGGCUCUAGUAGCAACGAGUCCUUUUGGCUAAUGUCAGAUAAAACCUCUCCCAGCCUGAAACACAACGUGGUAAUUGAGUGCUGGGAGCUGUUGGCAGUCUGGCUUACAAUAAAGCACUCGCUGCUUGAGCUGCUCUGUGGAAAGCAGAAGCAAAGACUUUGGGUCAUGUGUACACCUUCAGAGUAUUGCACCUUUGCAUAAAUGCUAACUGGCAGCUUGAAAAGCAUGUUUCUUGGAAGGUAACAGACACAGCAGUUCAAGGGUUUCUUCCUACUUUUCUCACCAGCUGUAGUUUUCUCCACUCCCAUCCAUUAUAGGGAAAAGAUCUGGUCUAGAAUUUCAGGCUAUUUUCUGUGUUUGCAGCUUGUGUCCUCAGAGUUAGUGGAAAUAUUUUUCUUACUUGUGGUGUUUCAGUGUUGGCUCAGAUUCUGACAAUAUGAAUAACAGUGUUUUAUAAUAAGCUUUUAUUUGGGCAUUUAGGUUAAGCUGUAAUAGUGCAUCUAGAUGCAUUGCUGAUGAUAAAUGUACCCUGUUAAUCAAGACAAGUGAUGGAAAUUGGUGCUAUCUGCCAAACCUUCUUCACCUUGCUACUCAGGUUUUCCUACAGAAAAGGUGAACAGAAUUUCUUCAUAAAUAAUUGGAAGAAAACACAGUAGAAAACUUUAAGUGGCUAGAUUUGACCUUCCCUUUAUUGUAAAUAAAUACAUCUUUAUUAGUGCAAUAUUAAUUUUCAUUCUGAGGGGAAGAGAUUUGUCAGGUGUGAAAAAUGUAUCAAAAUAAAAUUCUACUUCAACUCUAGUAACAGAAAAAUAUAUUUAACUUUGGAAGGGCUCUCUGAAGAUCAUAUUAUAGGGUAUCAAAUUAAGAGAGUUUUUGCAAUGUCAGAUGAUCCUAGUCAUUUUAUGCAGUCUGUAUUUUCACUGAUAACUGGGAAUUUUCUAAUAUGGGAAAGAAUGCCUUUUUUUUUUUUUUUUAGAUAAUUCUUUAGGGUAUGUCUCCCAUGCAUUUUUUUCUCCCCCUAUGAUAAAUGGUUGUAUGGAGAGGAGAAAAGGAAAGUAACUCAUUUUCUGUUUACUAUGUCGUCUGAAUAAGACUGAUAUAUCCUGCAUUCUACCCUGUGUCCCUGAUCUCAUAAAAGGCAAUGUUUUAAAAAGAAAAUUGAAUGUGACUUUUAUUGCAGACAAGCUUAAGAUUAUAUUUUUCUUGGUUGUUUCGGGGUUUUUAAAAAGCAAAAUAGCAGGGUUCAAAACAAAACAAUGGUGUUAUAUUCCCAUGACUUUCUAAUUCAAUAAAGAAUUAAACUGCCCAGAAUGCUGCAUGUGGAAGCAGGAAUUUUGCAUCAACCUAAUACAUGCUCUGCAUCUUUCUUUUUCCCUCCACCCAUCACUCUCCAUUUCUGAACUACCAGAAACAUUUUUAGCUGGAGGUACUUUUUGGUGCUCUCUCUGAGGUAUUGUGGAAUGGAGAUGCAGAUGAUCUCUGUGCAGCCAAGCAAGCUUCAGUUUCUUCUAGAAGUCUGUUUAUGGAGUAUUCUGGUUUUUGAUAUAUUUUUUUUUUCAUUAUUUUAGUGAUGUUUUAUAUAUGAUUUCAAAUGAAAAGAAACUUCCUAUCAGAACUUUUGGUUUAUACUUUUUAGCAGCUAAAUGGAAUGCUUAAUAUGAACCAACAACAGGCAGUCCUGUAGACUGCAGUGUUGCCUCAUGAUGAAGUCUGGUGUCAGAGCACUUCUGGUUUUACAGCUCUUGAACCCAACUUCCUCAGUUUUGAGGUGUCUUAUCUAACGAUGAGUACACAUUACUGUGUGUAUAUAUAUAUUAAUUUAUAAACUGUUGAAGUGUUCCUGACAUUCUUCUAAACUUACAGUUUAUGCACCAUUAUAUUGAUUUUUUUUGUUUCUGGAUCUGUAUGCUAAUGUUUACAUGAUUUUGUAGGAAUACAAUUAAAAAAUUCUGACUGAA